AUGAACGAAGACGCUUCUCUGUACGCAGAAACCUGCGAUUUACAAAAAAGAGACGCUGCUUGUAUUUUAGACACCUACUCGGGGUUAUUAAACUGGGGAGAUGGUGAUCACGUAAUGGAUAUUGGUGCCGGAGAAGGAUCUAACUUAUCUUUGAAACUACUCGAGUUUGCAAGAAGCAGAUGCGACGAUGAAAGGGUUAGUUACCGUCAGAUGGACAUUUCUUCGAGGACGUUUCCAGAGGAGUUUCGUGGACGCUUUGAUCACAUUUUUUCGUUUUAUUGUUUGAAUUGGGUUGUUGGUGCAGAUGAGAAAGCACAAGCGAUGAAAAACAUCUUCGACAUGUUGAAACCAGGAGGUGACAUAGUCUUCACGAUCAUUUCCUGUACUCCGAUUUACGAUUUUUGGGAAAAUAUGGCUAAAACUGACGAGUGGGCGCCGUAUUCGAAAGACGUAUCUGAUUUGGUUUCUCCGUAUCACCACUUGAAAGAACCCAGUUAUACUUUACGAAAGUAUCUAGAAGACGCCGGAUUUGUAAUUCAUGUGUGGAAAGUUGAUAAUUGCUCUUACGAGUUUUCAGAUUUUUUGAUUUUUUUGAAAUUGGCAUUAUCAGUAAAUCCGUUUUUCCAGUCGCUUCCGGAAAAUCGACGUGCCAAAUUCGUCGAGGACUACGCCAAAGAGAUUAGAAAACAUCCUAAAGUCACUAUUACUCCAGGCGGCGACGCAAAUAACAACGUGCUCUUUGAACCGAGUUCGACUUUGUUUGCUCGAAAUAUUCCCGAUCAAUUAAUUAAAGCAUCAUUUGGACUGUAUGCUAGCGAUAUUUGUAGGAUCCUUGAGGGGCUUAACGCUCAUUAG